ACGGUCUACAUCACAUAUCAGUGUAACACACAACAUUGGAAGGCAGCGCUGAGCUGGAGUAGAGAAACAACACAUCUAACAGAAUUAUAUAAGUAUUCAAAUAUAUUGUCGCCUGUAUAUUACCAAGUUUUGUUAAGUAGUUAAUCAAUGUAGCUAAUGGUGCUUCGAUAGCUAACGUUAACCCUAAACAUUUCUUAGCUAGCAUAAGCUAGUUAGCUCGGAGCUAGCUAAAGUUAUAUUUGUAAAAAAAAAUGGAAAGUCUGGCAACUACGUUUCUUAUAACCAUGUGAAUAGCUACAGUAUUGUUAAAUAUUAAUUGACAAACAAUUUGCAAACUCGACGUUAAAAUAUGUACAUUCAUUCAUCUUCAUUUGAUUUACAAGGCGAGCGAAAAUCUAUGUAUAAACAGUCUGAAAAUAGGUUCUUCAAAUGUGGUGAAAAGACAAGCCCUAUCAGUGUAAUUUUGGUUACUUCGGGUAGCCGAGGGAACAAAUUGCUCUUUAGGUACCCAUUUCAACAGGUUUCAGAUUGCACAUCAUCACUCACGACAAAACAGCGAAGUCCAUAUGCAUUGAACACUACAGGAGAUGUUCUUGAAGAUCCAGAUGGAGAUUCAAGAGAACAAACUCCGUUAACUGAUGAACAGUUGGUAGCAGGGUUCUCUGACAUUAUCCUCGCCACUAUCUUGGCCACCAAGUCUGAUAUGUGUGGGAAGAAGUUUGAGCUGAAGAUAGACAAUGUGCGUUUCGUUGGGCACCCCACCCUCCUCCAGCAUCCUCAUACCAUUCAGGUGUCCAAGACAGACCCCUCACCUAAGAGGGAGAUGCCCACCAUGAUCCUGUUCAGUGUUGUGUUUGCUCUGAGGGCCAACGCCGACCCGUCAGUCAUCAGCUGCAUGCACAACCUGUCCCGGCGCAUCGCCAUCGCCCUGCAGCACGAGGAGCGCCGCUGCCAGUACCUCACCAGAGAGGCCAAGCUGAUGCUGGCCGUGCAGGACGAGGUCACCAACAUGACCGAGACUGAUGGCAGCCCUCAGUCACCGUUCAGACAAAUCCUUCCUAAAUGCAAGCUUGCCAGGGACUUGAAGGAGGCAUAUGACAGCCUGUGUACAACAGGGGUGGUGAGGCUCCAUAUCAACAACUGGCUAGAGGUGAGCUUCUGUUUACCUCACAAGAUCCACCGGGUAGGGGGCAACCACGUACCCCCAGAGGCUCUGGAGCGUAGCCUCAAGGCCAUAAGGCCGUAUCAUGCUCUGCUGUUGCUGGACAGUGAGAAGGCUCUCCUGGCCCAGCUGCCUUUGGACUGCUCUCCUGCUCUGGUGCGCCUCAUUAAGACCUGCUCUGCAGUCAAGAACCUGCAGCAGCUGGCACAGGAUGCAGACCUGAACCUGCUACAGAUCUUCCAGAUUGCUGCUCACCUGGUGUACUGGGGAAAAGCCAUCAUAGUGUACCCUCUGUGUGAGAACAAUGUCUACAUGCUGUCCCCACACGCCAACAUCAGCCUGUACUCUCCAUUGGCUGAGGCGUUUGGCCAGCAGUUCCCAGGUCAUGACCUGCCUUCCAUGCUGGCCAAGUUCUCCCUGCCGCUCUCACUGUCUGAGUUCAGGAACCCACUGGAUGCGUCUGUGCAGGAGGCCCAGCUGAUCCAGAUGGUGGUGUGGAUGCUCCAGCGGCGCCUGCUGAUCCAGCUCCAUACCUACGUGUGUCUGCUGGUGCCCCCCAGUGAGGAGGAGUCAGGUCUGCUGCGGGACGAGGAGCUCCCUCUGGUGGCCCGGGUGGGGGGCCGCAGCCUCAGCACGCCCAGCGCACUCAGCUUCGGAUCCCCAACCAGCAGUGAUGACAUGACCCUGACCAGUCCCAGUAUGGAUAACUCCAGUGCAGAACUGCUUCCUGGUGGAGACUCUCCACUAAACAGGAGGAUGACCGAGACGUUACUGGCCAGCCUGACAGAGCACGAGCGUCAGGUCAUCCUCAACAUCCCGGCUGCACAGAGCCCUGAAGACCUGCGCAUGUUUGCCAGGCUGCUGCACUACUUCCGAGGGCACCAUCACCUGGAGGAGAUCAUGUAUAAUGAAAACAUGAGGCGCUCUCAGCUGAAGACCCUCUUUGACAAAUUCAGAAGUGUUCUGGUGGUCACCAACCAUGAGGAUCCUGUCAUCUCCCUCUUCCAGUCUCCUCUGGAGUAGAGAGGUCUGUCAUCUCCCUCUUCCACUCUCCUCUGGAGUAGAGGUCUGUCAUCUCCCUCUUCCACUCUCCUCUGGAGUAGAGGUCUGUCAUGUCCCUCUUCCACUCUCCUCUGGAGUAGAGGUCUGUCAUCUCCCUC